GGGUCUCUAUGACGCGGCGUUCCAGAUCAUCGGACCGUCACAUCACUUUCCGGGCUCCCCGCGCAGCCCGCAGCCAGGGCAGCCGGAGCGGCCGGGCGACAGGAGGCGGCAGCAGCAUGAGCUACUACCAGCUACCGGUGGUGAUCGACAACGGCUCAGGAGUGAUCAAGGCGGGCCUGGCUGGGUCCCGGGAGCCCCAGUUUGUCUACCCGAAUUUUAUAGGCUGCGCCAAAGGCCAGACCUGGGGGGCAGAGGGCGCGCAGGAAGUGUGCGUGGGAGACCAAGCGCAGCAGCGGAGAAGCUCACUUUCCAUCAGCUACCCAGUGGAGCGUGGUCUCAUUACUUGCUGCGGGGACAUGGAGAUCAUGUGGAAGCAUAUCUAUGAUGAUAACCUGAAGCUAAAGCCCUGUGAUGGCCCAGUCUUGAUUACAGAGUCAGCACUGAACCCACUGGCCAACCGGCAACGGGUCACUGAGGUGUUUUUUGAGCAUCUGGAGGUUCCUGCCUUCUACAUGUCCAUCCAGGGGGUGCUAGCUCUCUUUGCUGCUGGCUUCACAACUGGCUUUGUGCUGAAUUCAGGUGCUGGGGUUACCCAGUGUGUACCCAUCUUUGAGGGUUACUGUCUGCCUCAUAGUGUCCAGCAGCUAGAUCUGGCAGGUCUUGACCUUACCAACUACCUCAUGAUGCUGUUGAAGGAGCACGGCAUCAUGCUGCUUAGUGCUUCAGACAGAAAGAUUGUCACAGACAUUAAGGAAAACUAUUGUUAUGUGGCAAUGAACUUUGAAGAGGAAAAGGCCAAGAAAGCUGAUUGUAUAGAGAAGGUUUACCAACUACCUGAUGGGAAGACACUCAAACUCCAUGACCAGCUCUUUCAUUGUCCAGAGGCCCUCUUCUCUCCAAGUCUCAUGCAUCUUGAGACCCCUGGCAUUGAUAAGAUGUGCUUCAGCAGCAUAAUGAAAUGUGAUACAGAUCUGAGGAAUUCCUUUUUCUCCAAUAUUAUCCUUGCUGGGGGAUCAACCUCUUUCCCUGGUUUAGAUAAGCGGCUAGUUAAAGAUAUAGCAAAGGUGGUGCCUGCCAACACCCCUGUGCAGGUUAUUGCUCCCCCAGAAAGGAAAAUAUCAGUGUGGAUGGGAGGCUCUGUUCUUGCAUCCCUCUCUGCCUUCCAGGACAUGUGGAUCACUGCUGCAGAAUUUAAAGAAGUCGGACCCAACAUAGUACACCAAAGAUGCUUCUGAAUACAGAUAAAAUGGUUAGAAGAAAAUGUUUUGAGUACAUGUACAGAAAACUUUGGAUAUUAUAUGUUUCUGGGAGAACAAAAUAUUUCAGUUAUUGGAAGGUCCAUGUCUCUGUUGCAUUUCUAUAAUGGGGGAAAAUAAUGAUGAAGCAGUCAAAUAACAUAUUUAUUGAGUAGAACCAAAUUAAAUGCUAGAGGAGACAUUACUCUUUUAAUUUUAUUUAUUUGGCUGUGCUGGGUCUUAGUUGUAGCAGGUGGGCUCCUUAGUUACAGCAUGCAUCUGGGAUCUAGCUCCCUGACCAGGGAUCGAAGCCGGGUCGCCUACAUGGGAGCGUGGAAUCUUAACCACUGCACCACCGGAGAAGUCCUGAGGAGAUGUUAUUCUUUACCUUGGAGAUCUUACACUUCCUUUGGAGGGAGAGAGCAAUUUGUGGUACAACAUGAUAUGCGCCAAAUGAGUGAUACAGAUUGAAGGUUGUUGAAGUUUAUGGAAGGAAGGUUGCUAUAAGGGAAGAUUUCAUAGCAGAAAUCGCGGUGCCAAUAGUGACAACUCCAUGAAGUUCACCCAAUUGAAGAGUUCAACUUUUAAGAUUAGCCAGUUAUAUGAAAAACAGCAUGUACCGGCCAAUAUAAAA